AUGGGAGCUGUUGGGCUCUCCAGUCAGAAGGGAGCCCAGGCCUUGUUGAGCACUGCUCGGGGCAAGAAGCGCCCGGCACCUGCACACAGCAGUGAGGAGGAGGAGGAGGAUGAAGAGGAGGAGGAGGAGGGUGCUGAGGUGAAGCAGGAUGACCUGUGGGGCUCGGAAGACAGCGAUGCUGACAUGGUGGAUGACUAUGGCGCCGACUCGCACUCCGAGGACGAGGACGAGGAGGAGAAGUUGUUGCCCAUUGAGCGAGCAGCCCGGAGGCAGAAGGCGCUGGAGGCCGCGGCGGGAGGCCAGUGGAGCGAGGAGGACUCUGAGGAAGAGGAGGCGCCGUCCCCGGAGCCCCGCGAACCCGGAGAGGCUGAGGGGGACCUGCAGAUCAACGUGGACCAGGACGAGCCCUUCGUGCUGCCCCCUGCUGGCGACACGGAGCAGGAUGCCCAGGCCCCCGACCUGCAGCCCCAGCUGAUGAAGAACACGGGCGUCAUCCUCGCCAACGACGCCAACGCCGAGCGCCUCAAGAGCGUGGUGGGGAACCUGCACCGCCUCGGGGUCACCAACGCCAUCGUCAGCCACUACGACGGGCGCCAGUUCCCCAAGGUGGUGGGGGGCUUCGACCGCGUGCUGCUGGACGCGCCCUGCAGCGGCACGGGCGUCAUCUCCAAGGACCCCGCCGUGAAGACCAACAAGGACGAGAAGGACAUCCUGCGCUGCGCGCACCUGCAGAAGGAGCUGCUCCUGAGCGCCAUCGACUCCGUCAACGCCGCCUCCAAGACGGGCGGCUACCUGGUCUACUGCACCUGCUCCAUCACGGUGGAGGAGAACGAGUGGGUGGUGGACUACGCCCUGAAGAAGCGGAACGUGCGCCUGGUGCCCACCGGCCUGGACUUCGGCCAGGAGGGCUUCACGCGCUUCCGCGAGCGCCGCUUCCACCCGAGCCUGCGCGCCGCCCGCCGCUUCUACCCGCAUGCGCACAACAUGGACGGCUUCUUCAUCGCCAAGCUCAAGAAGUUCUCCAACGCCGUCCCCCAGGCCCCGGCCCCGGCCCCGGCCCCGGCAGGGACUCGUGCAGCCGACCCCCCUGCGGAGCCGGACCGCCCCGCGCCCCAGAGCCGCAGCCCGCCCGCCAAGGAAGCCAGGGCGGCCGCGAAGCUGCCCGGCACCAUCUGGUCCUUCUCGCAGCCCCGCCGCCUCGGCCCGGGCCUGGAGCCCGCGCUCGUGCAGGGCCCCGGGCUGGCGUGGGAGCACCCCGACGGGGUGGGCGUGCAGAUCGACACCAUCACCCCCGAGAUCCGCGCGCUCUACAACGUGCUGGCCAAGGUGAAGCGCGAGCGCGACGAGUACAAGCGCAGGUGGGAAGAGGAAUACACGGUGCGGGUCCAGCUGCAGGAGCGCGUGAACGAGCUGCAGGAGGAAGCCCAGGAGGCCGAUGCCUGCCAGGAAGAGCUGGCCAUGAAGGUGGAGCAGUUAAAAGCUGAGUUGGUGAUCUUCAAGGGACUCAUGAGUAAUAACCUGAGCGAGCUGGACACCAAGAUCCAGGAGAAGGCCAUGAAGGUGGACAUGGACAUCUGCCGCCGCAUCGACAUCACUGCCAAGCUCUGCGACCUGGCGCAGCAGCGCAACUGCACCGACAUGAUCCACAUGCUGCAGGUGGGCUGGUGGGGAAUGUUCCAGAAGCUGUCCCCACUGGAGCUGGCCACGGCCAAGAACGACAUGAACCGGCACCUGCACGAGUACAUGGAGAUGUGCAGCAUGAAGCGCGGCCUGGACGUGCAGAUGGAGACCUGCCGCCGCCUCAUCACGCAGUCGGGGGACCGAAAGUCUCCUGCGUUCGGUGCGGUCGCGCCUAGCGAGCCGCCGCCUGCGAGCGAGGCGGAGGACUCCGAUCGAGACCUGUCAUCUGACAGCUCCCUGAGAUAGGAGCGCACUCCUGCGCGCCCGCCGGAGCCCCGCCGCCCGGGCCCGUCCUCGGGCCCCGCCCCCCG